GAUACAAAUGUUAUCGACUUUGAAGGCCACAGCCCGACUGAUGCCAUCGCACUGCCUCCUCUCGAAGCUUCUGGGUCCCACUCUCUCCUUCUCCUCCGCCUUCGCCGCCGCCGCCGCCGCCGCCGCCGCCCCGAUUACGUCCCCAUAUACCCUCCGCCGGCCAUCUCCGACGCCCUCUCGUCUUCCUCUUUGGGCUCUGAGAAGGCCGGGUUCCGUCUCCCGCUGUGCCUUUCCUCUGCCGGCUUCUUCUCGCGGCCUCUCUUCGGGAGGAGGGAUGGGGGACCACGCCGUGUCGUAUCUCUCCCAGAAGGAUGCGGCGGAGAUCGACGAGAUCCUCAUGGGCCCUCUUGGCUUUAGCGUCGAUCAGUUGAUGGAAUUGGCGGGACUGAGCGUAGCCACCUCGAUAGCGGAGGUCUACAAAUUAAGUGAAUACAAUCGCGUUCUUGCUAUCUGCGGCCCAGGAAAUAAUGGUGGUGAUGGCCUGGUAGCUGCUCGUCACUUGCAUCACUUUGGAUAUAAACCAUUUGUUUGUUACCCAAAACGGACGUCCAAACCUCUCUACACUGGCCUUGUUACCCAGCUGGAAUCACUGUCAAUCCCAUUCUUGUCUGUUGAAGACCUGCCUCAGAAUCUAUCAGAUGAUUUUGACCUUAUUGUGGAUGCAAUGUUUGGUUUCUCAUUUCAUGGUCAGCCAAGGCCACCUUUUGAUGUUCUUAUCCAAAGGCUUGCUUCAUUGAGUGGUAUUGACAAUGGUUUUAAAAGAAAACUGGCAAUUGUUUCUGUUGAUGUUCCUUCUGGGUGGCAUGUUGAAGAGGGAGAUAUCAAUGGAGAAGGAAUUAAACCCGACAUGCUGGUAUCAUUAACUGCUCCAAAGCUCUGUGCAAAAAAAUUCAUCGGCCCCCACCACUUUCUAGGGGGUAGGUUUGUUCCACCAUCCAUUGUAAAUAAGUAUGGACUUAACCUUCCUCCAUAUCCUGGCACUUCGAUGUGUGUGAGAAUUGGAAAACCCCCAUCAGUCGACAUCUCAUCACUGAGAGAAAACUAUAUUUCUCCUGAACUUCUUGAAGAUCAGGUGAUGGCUGACCCUGUAGAUCAGUUCCAUAAGUGGUUUGACGAAGCAGUUGCUGCUGGUUUGCAAGAGCCUAAUGCUAUGGCCCUAUCAACUUCUGGGAGGGACGGAAAAUCGUCAUCACGAAUGGUCCUGCUGAAAGGAGCUGAUAAACAAGGAUUUGUUUGGUAUACCAAUUAUGGAAGCCGGAAGGCUCGAGAAUUGUCAGAAAAUCCUCAUGCCUCACUUCUUUUCUACUGGAACUCUCUUCAUCGCCAGGUUAGAGUAGAAGGGACUGUUCAAAAGGUUUCUGAUGAGGAAUCUGAAAGGUACUUCCAUAGUCGUCCUCGAGGAAGUCAGCUCGGAGCAGUAGCUAGCAAGCAGAGUACUGUUCUAGCUGGAAGGCAUGUGCUAUCCCAAGCAUUCAAGGAUUUGGAAGAAAGAUACUCUGAUGGGAGCUUGAUUCCUAAACCAGAGUAUUGGGGAGGCUACAGACUAACACCAACAGUCUUCGAAUUUUGGCAAGGACAACCUUCUCGCCUGCAUGAUCGGCUGCAGUAUUCGCUGAGAGAGGUAGAUGGGAAACAAGUUUGGCAUAUUGAAAGGUUGUCCCCAUGACUAGCACCCUCACUUUCUGCCCUUUAACAAUAAGGAAUGACCUUAUUGAAUCCUUUUCAUUAUAACUUCUUCGCCUGUGAGAUCCACCAAAACUUUUCACAGCAUGGAAUGGUGCCCUGUGUUUGGUUUUGUUAACUUUAUCACUUUGGACCUUCUUCUUUGAGAUAUAUUCUCCAUGAAAGGUGUCGAACAAAAGCAUCCAAUGGCUACUGAGUGUGAGCCCGCCAUCUGAGUUGCUGUUGUGAUCUGGAGAUCCGAAGCUCCCUGCUGGUCCUGAAUGACAGCCUUGUGUGGCUGCCUUCAUCAAAGUAAAAAAAAAAAAGAGUAGACAGCUUUGUGUGGCUGCCAUUGGCACCCCACCAGCCUUCCAUGAUCCCAAAAUUUAAUUUUUUUA